CAGUUGAGAAGGCUGCAAGCCUGCGAUCCGGGCAGCUGGAGAGUGUUGCGGUAGCUGCUUUCCUGUGCUAAGCUGAUUUACUUGUUUAAGGUCUGACCUCAUCAUCCUGUCAGUAUGGGUUCCCACCUACACGGCUAGCUACAGCUUUCUGCUUCAGCUGCAAGGCUGGAAGUAUUCUCAGUGUUCCAUAGGCGGCGGGGGAGGGGAGCAAAAGCUAGCGCGACUGCUCCCCUGGCACUUGUGCUUUUGUUAAUUCCCCGAAGAGGCAGAGAAACACGAGAUAACAAAGGCUCCGUUUCCUUUCUCUGAGAGAAGGCUUUUGUCUUGCCUCCUGCUACGAUGUCAGUGUCCGGCAAGAAAGAGUUUGAUGUGAAACAGAUCCUAAGGCUACGCUGGAGAUGGUUUAGUCAUCCUUCUCAAGGUUCGCCCAGCACUGGAAGCUGCCUUCAGCAGGAAGGAUAUGAGCAUAGAGGGACCCCGGUUCAGGGCAGAUUGAAGAAUCACUCUCGGGACAGAAACGGACUAAAAAAAAGCAACAGUCCUGUCCACCACAAUAUACUAGCACCAGUGCCAGGACCGGCCCCUGCCUAUCAAAGAGCCCUUCAGAAUUGGCACCAACAAAACCUGAUAGAACAUCUUCAAGCAAAUGAAGAGACCCCUAAAGAAGUUACAGGAGAAAAUUUGUUCAAAGAAGCUUAUGAGAAACGCUCGCAGGAUCUGGAGAUGAUGGCUGAGGACAAUCUAGAAGAUUCUACAGCAAGGCUAGAAACACAACAUUCUGAAGAAAUGAAUGUUUGCCGAUCUGAGGAGCAGUUCCAUGCUGUAAACCACGCACAACGAACUCUUCAUAGAAUGGAGAACUACUUGAAAGAGAAACAACUUUGUGAUGUGCUACUUAUUGCAGGACACCUUCGAAUCCCAGCCCAUCGGUUGGUUCUCAGUGCAGUGUCUGAUUAUUUUGCUGCAAUGUUUACUAAUGAUGUUCUUGAAGCUAAACAAGAAGAGAUCAAGAUGGAAGGAAUAGAUCCACAUGCACUUAACUCCUUGGUGCAAUAUGCUUACACAGGUGUGCUGCAAUUGAAAGAAGAUACCAUUGAAAGUUUGCUGGCUGCAGCUUGCCUCCUACAGCUGACUCAAGUCAUUGAGGUCUGCUCCAAUUUCCUCAUAAAGCAGCUCCAUCCUUCAAACUGCUUAGGGAUUCGAUCAUUUGGAGAUGCCCAGGGCUGUACUGAGCUCCUGAACGUGGCACAUAAGUACACCAUGGAACACUUCAUCGAGGUAAUAAAGAACCAGGAAUUCCUUCUACUUCCAGCCACUGAAAUUUUGAAACUUCUGUGUAGUGAUGACAUUAAUGUGCCCGACGAGGAAACCAUCUUCCAUGCUCUGAUGCAGUGGGUAGGACAUGAUGCUCAAACUAGGCAAGGAGACCUGGCAAUGCUGCUUUCCCACAUCCGACUGCCAUUACUUCCACCACAGUUGCUGGCAGAUCUCGAAAACAGUUCCAUGUUUAGUGGUGAUCUAGAGUGUCAGAAACUCCUGAUGGAAGCAAUGAAAUAUCAUCUCUUACCUGAGCGGAGACCUAUGAUGCAAAGCCCUCGGACAAAACCUAGAAAAUCAACUGUGGGGGCCCUUUAUGCUGUGGGAGGCAUGGGUGCUCUGAAAGGUACCACCACAAUUGAAAAAUAUGAUCUCAGAACCAACAGCUGGCUGCAUAUUGGCACUAUGAGUGGCCGUAGAUUUCAGUUUGGAGUUGCGGUUAUUGACAAUAAACUUUAUGUUGUGGGAGGAAGAGAUGGUUUAAAAACAUUGAAUACUGUGGAAUGUUUUAAUCCAGUUGGCAAAAUCUGGACUGUGAUGCCUCCCAUGUCAACCCAUAGGCAUGGUUUAGGUGUAGCCACACUUGGAGGACCAAUGUAUGCUGUAGGUGGUCAUGAUGGAUGGAGUUAUCUAAAUACUGUGGAAAGAUGGGAUCCCGAGGGACGCCAAUGGAAUUAUGUGGCCAGUAUGUCAACUUCUAGAAGCACAGUUGGUGUUGUUGCAUUAAAUAACAAAUUAUAUGCUAUUGGUGGACGUGAUGGAAAUUCCUGCCAUAAAUCAAUGGAAUGCUUUGACCCACACACUAACAAGUGGAGUCUGUGUGCUCCAAUGUCCAAAAGACGUGGAGGUGUGGGAGUUGCUACACACAAUGGGUUCUUGUAUGUUGUAGGGGGUCAUGAUGCCCCAGCUUCUAAUCAUUGCUCCAGGCUUUCUGACUGUGUGGAAAGGUAUAAUCCGAAAAAUGACUCAUGGUCAACUGUGGCGCCACUGAGUGUUCCUCGAGAUGCUGUUGCUGUGUGCCCCCUUGGAGACAAGCUUUAUGUGGUUGGAGGAUAUGAUGGUCAUACUUAUUUGAACACUGUUGAGUCUUAUGAUGCACAGAAAAAUGAAUGGAAACAGGAGGUCCCUAUGAACAUUGGAAGAGCUGGUGCAUGUGUGGUGGUAGUAAAGCUGCCCAAAAGCUGUUUGUAUCAAAUGGAAUCAAACUAGAGAAUUGUAUAAAAUGUAGCAGGAAGAAAAAGAAGAACCAUGUUCUUUUCUACCACUACGACUACGACUAAUCAAACUCAAAAAUUGCUGUGUUUCACUGUGUAGUUACAGUUUCUCUCAUUUGUGAAACCAAUGCAAGUUUGUAAACAUGUGUGACAUAUGAGUGUUAACUGUAUGUGUUAUCAACACUGAUAAUGAAAAGCAAAAUCUCCUAGUCUAGUUUUCACCUUGUUACUAUAAAAUGUUAAAAUACUUCAUGAAAAUUGAUAGUGGCCAAAUUAGGAAGGUUAUAAAAACAUUAGGAAUUUUUAAGAGCCUGAGAAGUUUAAAAAAAAGUCCUAUUUUUUUUAAAGCUUUCUAUUAUCUAGAACAUAACUUGAUAUGAAACAGAUCAAUUAAAGCUUAAAAUAUAAAGUCUGAUUUGUCAGACAUAAUUCUAUUAACCAAGCAACAUCCUACAUAGAUGUGUAAUAUCCUACAUUUACCAAGAAUACAGAUUGUUUUCACUGUAUUGAGAAUUAAAAAAAAUGACUCGCUGACAAAAUAAUGCUAAAUAUACUUUCUCAAAAUGUUCAUAAAUUUAUACUUUUUCCAGGAACUAUCUUCCAGUGUUGGCAUAUAGAUUUGGUAUUUCUUGACAUAUGAUGCUGUUGGGCUAGCUACCAGGCAAUUAUUACUACAAUUUUAUAUCUACAGUGUUUAUAAUAAGCCAUUGGAUAUAAGAAAUUUAAAAGGUAAAAAAAAAAUCAAGAUUGUAAUAAAGUGACCCAAGGUGAACUAAAUUUAGAAAAACAUUAGAUAUGUAUCUAUUAAUACAUUUAUAUCAUCAGCUUUAGGGUGUCAGGGUCUCACUAGUUUAGAAAGUAAUAUUCUUCUCAAACAUUUAUGUCAAUUAUCUAAACAACUACCGUCAUGGAAGACAAAAU